GGUGCGGCGGUGACUCUCCAGUCCGGGCGCGGGGCGUGUGUCGCGGGCUCGGCGCGGGCUCCAGCUCUCCCGGUACAGCCCACAGACCCCACGCCGCCCUCCCUCACGUCCUCCUGGCCAUGGAGUCGUUGGUGUUCUCCCGGCGCUCGGGCCCGGCUGCCUGGGCGGCCGCGGAGCCCGGCCGGCCGCCGGCGGAGGGGCUGCUCAAGUCGCCCAAGCCCUUGAUGAAGAAGCAGGCGGUGAAGCGGCACCACCACAAGCACAACCUGCGGCACCGCUACGAGUUCCUGGAGACCCUGGGCAAGGGCGCCUACGGCAAGGUGAAGAAGGCGCGCGAGGGCUCGGGGCGCCUGGUGGCUAUCAAGUCAAUCCGGAAAGACAGAAUUAAGGAUGAGCAAGAUUUGUUGCACAUACGGCGGGAGAUUGAGAUCAUGUCGUCACUCAACCACCCCCAUAUCAUUGCCAUUCACGAAGUGUUUGAGAACAGUAGCAAGAUCGUGAUUGUCAUGGAAUAUGCCAGCCGGGGCGACCUGUAUGACUACAUCAGCGAGCGUCAGCGUCUGAGCGAGCGCGACGCCCGGCAUUUCUUCCGGCAGAUCGUCUCCGCGGUGUACUACUGUCACCAGAAUGGGAUUGUCCACCGUGAUCUCAAGCUGGAGAACAUCCUCUUAGAUGCCAACGGAAACAUCAAGAUUGCUGACUUUGGUCUCUCGAACCUCUACCACCAAGGCAAGUUCCUGCAGACAUUCUGCGGGAGCCCUCUCUACGCCUCUCCCGAGAUCGUCAACGGGAAGCCCUACAUGGGCCCAGAGGUGGACAGCUGGUCCCUGGGUGUCCUGCUUUACAUCCUGGUCCACGGCACCAUGCCCUUCGAUGGACAGGACCAUAAGACGCUGGUGAGGCAGAUCAGCAACGGAGCCUACCGGGAGCCCCCCAAGCCCUCCGAUGCCUGUGGCCUGAUCCGCUGGCUAUUAAUGGUGAACCCCACCCGCCGGGCCACGCUGGAGGACGUAGCCAGCCAUUGGUGGGUCAACUGGGGUUAUACCACCCGUGUAGGGGAGCAGGAGGCGCUGCGAGAAGGUGGGCACCCUGGCGGCGACUCUGCCCGAGCCUCCAUGGCUGACUGGCUCCGCCGUUCUUCCCGCCCCCUCCUGGAGAACGGAGCCAAGGUGUGCAGCUUCUUCAAGCAGCACGCGCCUGGAGGCGCCAUGCCAAGCCUGGAGCGCCAGCACUCGCUCAAGAAGUCCCGCAAGGAGAACGCCAUGGCCCAGCCUCUGCAGGGGGACCCAGCCGGGGACGCCUCCCCUCGGCCUGCCAAGAGCAGCCUCAAGCUGCCAAAAGGCAUUCUCAAGAAGAAGGCCUCCACCUCCUCCGCCUGCCCCUCCGAGGGGGUGCGGGAGGCCCCUCAGGACCUCAGCCCAGCUCCCCACCAUCCGGGACAGGCAGCCCCCCUGCUCCCCAAGAAGGGCAUCCUCAAGAACUCCCGCCAGCGGGAGUCUGGCUACUACUCCUCCCCGGAGCCCAGCGAGUCCGGUGAGCUCCUGGACACGGGCGAUGUGUUUGUGAGUGGGGGCCCCGGGCCUCAGAAGCCCCCCGAAGCCUCGGAGCUGCUUCUGCACCGCAAGGGUAUCCUCAAGCACAAUGGCAAGUUCUCCCGCACGACCUUGGAGCUGGCGCCCCCCACCACCUUUGGCUCCUUGGACCAGCUGGCCCCCCAUCACCCCCCGGCUCGGGCGAGCCGCCCCACCGGGGCUGUGAGUGAGGACAGCAUCCUGUCCUCCGAGUCCUUUGACCAGCUGGACUUGCCCGAGCGACUCCCCGAGACGUCCCUGCGGGGCUGUGUGUCCGUGGACAACCUCCUGGGACUGGAGGAGCCCCCUCCUGAGGACCCCGGCAGCGGCCUGAGGCGGUGGCGGCGGGACCCUCUGGGGGAGAGCUGCUUUUCCCUGACAGACUGCCAGGAAGUGACCGCAGCUUACCGGAAGGCACUGGGCAUCUGCUCAAAGCUCAGCUGAGGGGGACACACCUGUGCCCCAGUCCGGGCACUGAGAUGUAACUGGCUGUGCUCUGAAGGGAGAGAGCUCCUCUCCCCUGCCUCGGAGACCAGCAGCCCAGCUCAGAAGGAGCCAGGGUUUGCUGGAGCCCUGGGGAGCCAGCCCCGCCCAGGCUGGCUUUCCUCGAUUGGGGAGGGCAGGACAAGAGAAUGCACAAAUGAAGCGUGGAAGGCUCCAGGAUCUCAGCCCUCCUGAACCAGCAAGGCGUAGAUACAGGGAAAGAGUAGAGAUGCAGGGGGCACUAGGAAGGCCCAGCCAGAGCCAUGCUUAGCCCAACAAAGAGCUACAGAGACCUGGAAAGGUUGCUUACUCCAUUAGUACUUGCUGCCUACAGCCAGAGUUACGCUUGCCAUCCAAGCCCGGCUCCUUCCCUCCUCAUUCUCUGCUAAAGUGGAGAUGUGUCUUCACCCAGUUCCCAACCUUGCUUAUGGCAGCCUUCAGGUGCCUGGGGCAUUCUGGGUGUAAGAGGAAGCACCCUCUCAGAGGCUGCCUCCUCUCCCCAUCCUCCAAACCUGGCCUGCGCCUCCUGGAGUCGCUGCUAUGGUCCUACAACUUGAAAAGACUUUGGCUGCUGUUUGAUUUCAUCUCUAGGGGCCCAGACUCCUCCGGACCUCAAAUUCUGCAGUAUCUGCCUCUAAGCUGUUCCUCAAGUCUGGACUAGGGAUGUGUCUAUUGCCCUGGGCUUGCAGGAUCCUAGAAUGUACUUAUUUAUUUUUUUAAUGUUCUCAAUUUGUGUGUGUGUAUGUAUGUGUGUGUGUGUGUGUGCGCGCGCGCGCACGCGCGCUUUAAGUGAAUAAUUUUUCUCGAUAAUGUGAAAGUUCUGUUCUAGGGAAGUCUACCACAAUAUCCCAGCUUCAUGUACACAUGAUUCCCCUCUAAUCAGGGGUGGGGGGCCCCUCAAAGGCCCACAUGUUGUUCACUUACACUGUCUGGAGAUGGGUCUCUGGUCCCUUUGCUCCACAGACCAGAAAAGAACCAUUCCAUUAAAAACAGAAUGGCAAUUGAAAAACA